GCAAGCUCCAUUUAGGAAAAAUCAGCCUGACAAGUAACAUCUCCACUGCGCAAAAUUGUCGCUACAAGACGCGCGUUUCUGCACGAGCAAAACACAAGUGGCAUCAACACGACGCACAAUGAAGUAAUAUUUUGGAGUGUAUGGAAGGUGGACACAACCGUGAAACAAAUGGGGGACAAGCUCUGGAUACUGAACUCCCUUUUAUUCGUUUAAACCUGCAUUUUUGGAUAACUAGGAAUUUUAAAACCUGCGCGUGGUGCUUUUGGAGACACUCUAAGCGGAGCUCCGCGAAGUGAGCUCGAAGAAGGAUAUAUUUUUAUCUCUUCUCUUGUCGUUUCGUUUUGUGGUGAUUACUCGGACCAGGAGCUUUGUGAGGGGUAACAGGUUAUUUUUUAAGGCGACGCGCGGCUGCCCUGGAGAAACGGAAAGGAUGGCAGCUUGGUUCACCUUUAUCAUCGCACUUAGCAUAACGAAAUCGGCACAGGUUUUGGGAUCCGGUGUAUUCGAGCUCGAGAUUCAUGAUUUUAAGAAUAAUAAAGGAUUACUGGCAAAUGGCAAGGCGUGCAAACCUGACUGCAGGACUUUUUUCCGAGUUUGCCUGAAAAACUAUCAGGCUGUGGUGUCGCCAGGUGACUGUAUCUUCGGCACUUUCAUUACCCCUGUGCUCGGGACGAACUCGUUCAGCGUCAUGGACGGCGACAGUUUCAGCAAUCCAAUUCGCCUGCCGUUCAUCUUUGGAUGGCCGGGGUCGUUUUCUUUAAUUAUUGAAGCCUGGUAUUCUCCCGUUGCGGAUCUACCUGUAGACACAAACGACCCCGAUUUAUUGAUUAGCUAUUUUGCCAUCCAAAGAAAGUUGGAAGUAGGGGCUGAAUGGUCACAGGAUGUGCAGACCGGGAAGCAGACGGAGCUAAGGUAUUCUUACCGGUUCAUCUGCAAUGAAAAUUACUACGGCGAGCGUUGUUCCAAAAUAUGCGCGCCCAGGGACGACCGUUUUGGCCACUACACCUGCAACCCUGAUGGGCACAUAUCCUGUCUCCCUGGCUGGAAGGGAGGAUACUGCGAAGAACCAAUCUGUCUUGAAGGGUGCAGCAAGGGAAAUGGAAACUGUUCCAAGCCAGGAGAGUGUGUGUGCAGGGAGGGCUGGCAGGGCACCUUCUGUGACGAGUGCAAGCGAUACCCAGCCUGUCAGCAUGGCACCUGUCAACAGCCUGGCCAGUGCAACUGCGAGGAGGGCUGGGGUGGACUCCUCUGUGACCAGGAUCUGAACUACUGCACCCACCACAAGCCCUGCCACAACGGAGCCACCUGCAUGAACACAGGCCAGGGGAGCUACACCUGCGCCUGCCGCCCAGGCUUCACAGGAGUGGACUGCGAGCUGGAGGUCAAGGAGUGUGACAGCAAGCCCUGCCGGAACGGAGGGAGAUGCGUGGACUUGGAGAACGGUGGCUACGUGUGCAAGUGUCCUCCAAGGUUCGAGGGCCCUCACUGCGAGCACAGCCUGCUGACCUGCGCCGACUCGCCCUGCUUCCACAACGGGAAGUGCCGCGAGAAGGACAACGGGCGGAGCUACGUCUGCGAGUGUCCCCCCGGCUUCACCGGCCUCAACUGCGAGAAGAGGGUGGACAAAUGCACGUCCCUCCCAUGCGCCAACGGUGGCCUCUGUGUUCUCCAUGGAAACGCCCGCUUCUGCAGCUGCCGGUCUGGGUUCACAGGCCAGCACUGCGAGAUCAACAUCAACGAGUGCGCCCCGAACCCCUGCGCCAACGGCGGCACCUGUGUGGACCGCAUCAACGACUUCACCUGCACCUGUGCCCCGGGCUACAUGGGCCGCACCUGCGAAGUGCCAGCGGACGACUGCGCCUCCCGGCCCUGCCUCAACGGCGGGACCUGCACCACAGCGGGGCGCGGCCAGCCUUUCGUCUGCGUCUGCCCCGCCCCAUACACCGGCCCCCGCUGCCAGGCGUACAGCCUGCCUUUGCCCGCCCCCAGCCCCACGUUCGCCGGCGACCCUGGCGAGGCCUUCCAUUGGGCGGCCGUGCCCCUGGGGGUGGGGCUGGUGGUGCUCCUCACGCUGCUCUGCAUGGUGGCCGUCAUACUCCGCCACAUCCAGCGACAGAGGAGGCGUGACGGGCAGGACUCGGAGACCAUGAACAACCUGUCCGACUUCCAGAAGGACAACCUGAUACCCGCCUCGCAGCUGAAGAACACCAACAGGAAGGUAGACCUGGAGGUGGACUGUGCCCUGGAAAAGACCAACUACAAACACAACAACUACCACUUGGAAUACAAAUCCUCCAAGGACUUCAAGGACGACCCGUCCCAGGAGGAUAAAAGUCCCGACUGUGAAAAGUGUUUAGAGGAGAAAAUACCGCUGAGUAGAAUGUACAGUGAAAAGCCGGAGUGUAGGAUAUCAACGAUAUGUACCCCAAGAGAUUCGAUUUACCAGUCUGUGUUUGUAAUAGCAGAGGAGAGGAAUGAGUGUGUCAUAGCAACUGAGGUAUAAACUGUGGAAGAUAUUUAAAAAGAGACACUAUCAAGGAGGAGUAUCUUCUGGACUGUUUACAAUUAUUAUAAAAGAGACUGGGAUUUAUUUAAAUGUAAAUUGCUGCUCUUUGAAACUUGAUAACUGGAGAGAGCAGACGUCUGCUCUGUGAAUGCAAUAGGACUUCAACUUUGAACAAGUGUUAGAAUGUUCACGAGUGACUGAAACAUGGGACGAGGAGAAUAAGCGAGGGAGUCUCAGACGGUUCUCCCACAGGGGCGCGCACGACGGGACCCACGAAAAGGGUGACGGGAGCGAGCGCGGCUAUGAAAAUAUGAAAAGGGACAGCAGAAAUGUGCACCUCCGCCACCAAGCAGACGACCUGCGAAAGCAACAAAGAGUUUCCCCUCAGAGGAUACUCCACCUUGUUGUGACGACCAGCGGGGGAAAACAAAAAAAAAGCAACAAAAAAAAAAAAAAAACAACCAACCAUCAGCCAACAGACCUGUGAGAGGAACUGGCUACUUCUCUCCAGCUCCGAGACUGAGUGCUAUGCAAGAAUAAAAUGGGAAUCGGUCAAAUUCUCAAUUUUAAGAGAAAAAAAAACAUACUGGAGACGGUUCAUUUUAGGAGAAUGUCUAAGACUUACGUGAACUGUGUAAAAUGACUGUUUUUUUUUUAUUUCCAAACUUUGAUAAAGAUUGUAUGCAGCCCAAAAUCACAGAGCCUUAAAAAAUGGGUUUAAGCGCUAAAUUGGUGCCCCGCUUGUCUUGGAUCCUUUGCACUACAGAAAUGGAGGGAUUUUUUUUUUUUCUUUUCUGAAGGGAUUUUGAGAGAAAACCACAGGACCACAAUACACAGAGCAGUGCCAGCGGGAUUCAAGACCAAGUACAAUUUAAAACUUAUUAUGCAACACUGCCCAUAAACGAAGACAAAGAAGAAUAAAGAGUGACUAUCACGCCAUGGACUGCAGGAGUGACUAUCACACCAUGGACUGCCUAUAAUUAGUACUGAAAUGAG